CCGAAUGCGCACAUAAAAGCAUUAACACUAUUUAUUUUUAAAAGAAAAUAUUUCCUGCGUCUUAUUUACAACAACAAAAAAAACGCAACAAGAACACCCAGCAACUAUUGUCGGAGCAAAUUAAUCGCGGUUGCCGUGGACACUGAUAAAUCAGUCAUACAAUGUAUGCGACAAGUGGCAAGUGUUUAAUACAAGGAAAGUCUACGAAGAGCCUGUCACGUUUAUAACGGUAAAAUAGCAAAACGCCCGCACGCAAGAGUUGAAACCAAAAAGAAGCGCACAAAAAACUCACAAAAAUCAAGUAAAAUAGAAAAAUUUCAGUAACAACAAUAAUAGCAACAACAACAACAACAGCUUAAUAAAACAAUAACAAAUGGAACGCUAAUGAAAGUAAAUUCGUGUGCAUUCGCUAUGUUGUUGCUUAAUUGAAAUAAAUAUUAAGAAAUAAAAUAACAACAACAAAAUUGACAAAACAACAACAACAACAGCAAAGAGGCCGCCAUUGUUGUAUUAUUGUAAAUAAGUGUAAAAAAACAAUAAGAACAACAAAUACGCCAUCAAAGAAUAAAGACAACAACAACAAAAAAACCAACAACAACGUUAAUAAAAACAACAACAAAAUUAAUAAAAACUGCAACAACAAAUCGGCCGCUAUCAAAAGCAAAUUCGCUUGCAUUCACUCAUUGUUGUUUUUGUAAAUGUUGUCUUCUCGCUUUGUAAUUGUGCUUGCUCAGCGCAAUUAAAUACGGUUUGGUCGAGUGUUUGUUGCUCGCGCAUUUUCUUCGAUUUCGCUAAAUCAAAGACCGGCAGCCACGAAAUGAUGUUGCACGAAGCAGUUAUGCUGGAAAUUUAUAGGCAGGCGCUCACAGCAAGUGAGUUGACCAGCCCGCGUUGCCAAUCGCGCGAAUCGAAUGUAUCAGCAGCGGCAAUGGAGGGACGUUGCCCUUCAAAUGGCUCGCAUUGUUCCGGCAACGAGCGCUCAACAACACCCGCCACGAGUUCGUUACCCAGUACACCGCCUGCCGGCCUACCGCUGCAGGCCACACUAGCACCAGCGGCAGCAGCAGCAUUGCUGCCACCACAAUCGGCCGCCAUGGCUGCCUACUUCAAUGCCGCAGCAGCAGCAGCAGCACAACAAAAUCAUUUGCUGCUAACCAAUCCGUUAGCAGCCGCCGCGACGCUGGUGCAGCAAGCAACACAAGCGCAUUCGCCAACAACAAAUCGGCAGCCAACAGCACCCACCUCGCCGCAAACCGAUGCAACCAACGAUGAGCCCGUAUUGGAUUUUAGCACCAAACGCCGACGGGUAUCCGAACGUGAGAGUGACUCCGAUGAUGACAAUCAUGAGCGCAACGCUGAUGACGGUGGCAUGCAGAACGCUGAGGCAGCAAUGGACGUGAAUAGCCCGCUUGAUUUGACAGUUGGUGGACGUAAGCGCGCCGCAACAAUUGACGAGCCACCACCACACAUCGCAAUGCGUAAGAGCUUACGUACCGCGUUACCACCGGCCGCCACCAGCAAUUGGGUACCAACAAUCAAUCCAUAUUUAGCCGCAGUGGCUGCGGCCAGCUUAUCGCCGCCCAAAUCGCCACUCUCGCCGCUCGAAUGGAGCGGCAAACACAAACUAUUGCCAAAUGAAGCUACCAAAGCGUUAGAGAAAAUGACUGAAAUGACAAGACUUGGCUCGGCUACAGACAGUGCCGAACUACCGCCGCACCGCCAGCUUAGUGCCAAUGGCAACAACAGCAGCGCGUCUAGCAAUGCCGGCAACGGUGGACGUCACAGUGCGUGGCAGUCGCAUUGGUUGAACAAGGGCGCAGAUGCCGUGCGCGAUGUCUUCAAGUGCGUCUGGUGUAAACAGAGCUUUCCCACGCUCGCCACAUUGACGGUACACAUGAAGGAGACGCAACACUGUGGUGUCAAUAUGCCUGCUACGGCGACGACACCAACUACUGGUAUCCCCACCAAUGGCAAUCAGUCGGCACAAUCAACACAUCACUUACGUCACACGGCUAAUGCCGGCACAACAUCGGCUGCCACAACAACAGCAGCAACAGGAGGGAAUACAACAACCGCCGCCAAUAAAUCUGAUCUCAAUUUGUUAAUCAAAGAAACGAUGCCAUUGCCACGCAAGCUGGUGCGUGGCCAAGAUGUCUGGCUGGGCAAGGGAGCCGAGCAAACGCGCGAGAUCCUCAAGUGUAUGUGGUGCGGCCAGAGUUUUCGCUCGUUAGCCGAAAUGACAUCGCACAUGCAGGAGACGCAACACUACACGAACAUAAUAUCCCAAGAGCAGAUCAUUUCAUGGAAGUCGACGGAUGAUAAGAGCUCGAAUGGCAGCAGUGCAGCCUCAGUUGGUGGCGGUAGCGGCGGCACAACAACAACAUCCACAUCACCUGUCGUGACAACGCCACCAGCGACUGCUAGCGGUCUAAAUACCGCCGUCACUAUGCGCCAGUCCAGUCCCAGUCACAACAACAACAGCGCGUCGGCUACCGUAAGUGCCGUGCUGACAUGCAAGGUGUGCGAUCAGGCAUUCGCCACGCUCAAGGAGCUCAGCAAUCACAUGAUGAAAAAUUCACACUACAAGGAACAUAUGAUGCGUGCUAUGGGCGGUGUGGAGCAUGCCACAAUGACGCCGACCACGACUGCCGGCCCGACAAAUGCGGGACGGCGUGGCGGACGACAGCUGCGUGAAAAACGCAAAAAGUCAUUGCCAGUGCGUAAACUGCUGGAGCUGGAGCGCGCGCAACAGGACUACAAGCUCAACAGUUUGGAUCCGGCAUUGAAGCCUUUACGUGACUUUGCCGCCACUACGAAAAUUACUUGCGAGAAAUGUGGUGAAAAGAUUGAGACCGCGCUAUUUGUCGAUCACAUACGCCAGUGUCUCGGCGGAACGUUGCUGGUGCCAACACGCAAUCAUAACAGCGUCAGCGAUAGCUUGAAGUCCACCUUCAAUGCGAUGGAACAGCUGGCGAGUCCACAAACCCCUACUAGUCGCAGCGAUGGACGCAAAACCGCCGAUAGCAAUAUGUCACAUGCUUCAGCCACGCGUCCCGAAAUACUAUGUCCGCUACCAAAGGAGGGAGAAAAGACGAGCACGUCCUCCACACCAUCGGUGCUAAAUGCCAUCGAGCAGCUGAUCGAGAAAAGUUUCGACACACGUCCACGUAAUAGUAGCAACUACGCCGGCAGCGGUAAUGGCAGUCAACGCAGCACACCCUUGGGUUCAAGUAUUUUGAAGCGACUCGGUAUUGACGAUACCGUGGACUACACGAAACCAUUGCUGGAUCCGCAGACUAUGCAUUUUAUGCGCUCCUACUCCAAUUACUCGGCGCGCGAUCGCAGCGCUAGCGAAUCCAGUUCGAUCUCCGAGCGCUGUAGCAGUCGUAUCGAGUCUUUUACGCCCGAACGUAAUACCACGCAAGUGACACCACGUCAAACACCAGAUAAGGUGGUGGCUACAGUGGAACCGAAGCCCGUAUCAGCUACCGAAGACGGAGCAAUGCACACCGAGCUGUUGAAUAUUAAAUCAGAGCCAACAGAGAUAGCAGAAACCACCAAUGAGUCACAAGAACUGACAGCUAGCGAGCAGAAGGACGCUAUGAAUUUGUCAGCCACAUCGCCACAAAAGAUCUCCGUUAAGAAAGAGUUCAACAUGAUCGAUAACCACGAAGAUGAGCGUCAAUCGGGCGAUGCGCGGCACUACAAGCCUCAAGCGCGCACACCUUGCUCGCGCGCUACCAGUCCAAGCGCCAGCGAACGCUCCAUCACGCCCAAGUCCACAACAUCGUCGGCAGAUAAACGCUUCGCCGCAGUGGGUAGCAGCCUCACAGCGCUUUCUUCCAUGUUUGAUAGCCUAAAUAAUAUGAGCAGCAGCGUGACUAGCGCACAAUCACAUACCAACGCCGACAGUCUCGCCAGCGCCGAAACUAAUAAUAACAACAAUAAUAACAAUGCGAAUAAGAAGUCGAAUGCCAAUCCGCUCGCUGCACUGCAAAAACUCUGUGAAACCACUGAGAAACCGUCAAUGAAGACGCGCAGCGCCACCACCAAUGGCAUCAGUCAUCAGUCGCAGCUAACCGGCAAUAUGAUGGCUUUCAGUUGGGCCUGCAAUGAUGCAGUGCAGAAUACGACAGCCGAGUCCAUGAUCAAGUGUACACAAUGUGAUGCCGUUUUCAGUACGAAGGGCGCCUAUCGUCAUCACUUCUCCAAAGUACAUUACAGCAAGGAGGAUAGCGAAUUGAAUGCUUUGGUUAGUGCCAGCAAGUCGCCUUCAUCGCUGGCUUGCUCACCGAAAUCGGCUGGUGCUUCGCCAAAGAGCUCAUCGAAGAGUCCAGUGGGCGCAGGCAGCAUGAGCGCGCCCAUAAUUAAUCCGUUUAGCGAUAGUUCACAAUCAAAGUUCCUCAAAUAUACCGAAUUGGCGAAGCAAUUGUCAUCGAAGAAUGCAUAAUGUAGCACUUGGCGGCACUAGGAAGGUUAUAGGAGUUCGUUCGGUAAGUUAUCAUGAAUCGUGCGUACGUGUUUUAGCGAAAUAAAGCGGCGUAAUGUUUUUCAAUUAAUUUUUUGUGAGGCUUAGAGGACUAGCUAUAACUUGUAAAUAUGUAUACAAAUAUUACAACAAAGAAUUUUGCGGAAAUUUCAAAGAAAAUAUUAUAUUACAAUAACCAGUAGCAGUACUUGGCGCUCAACGACUUCGCUAGAAUCAUAUUUUUUCACUCAAAAAAUUACAAAUUUUAAUUACUUGGAUAAAAUUAUAAAUUAGGUUAGAGAUGCAAUUUAUAUUUUUUUACAAAAAAUUAUCGUUAACUUAC